AUGCCGCAUUACAGGUAUCUGAAGGCUUCGGAGCGCUCCUGGCAGCCGGCGGAUCUGCUGCCCGACCCGGCCUCUCCCGAUUUCUACGACCAGGUUUCUGCCCUCCGUGCCGCCUCCGCCAACCUGCCCAACGACUACCUGGUGGUGCUGGUGGGGGACAUGGUCACGGAGGAGGCCCUCCCCUCCUACAUGAAUAUGCUGAACACGCUGGACGAGACCCGGGACGAGACCGGAGCCAGUGACAACCCCUGGGCCCACUGGACCCGGCACUGGACGGCGGAGGAGAACCGACACGGGGACGUGCUCAAUAAGUACCUGUACCUAUCGGGAAGGGUGGACAUGUACAGCAUUGAGUCCACCAUUCAGCGGCUCAUUGGUCGGGGACUGGACCCCAAACUGGAGAACAACCCCUACCUGUGCUUUGUGUACACCAGCUUCCAGGAGCGCGCCACCCGCAUAUCCCACGGCAACACCGCCCGUCUAGCGCAGUAUCAUGGGGACCUGCCGCUGGCCAAGCUGACGGGCCUUAUCGCCAGUGACGAGGCGCGUCAUGAGGCGGCCUACACCGCCAUUGUGGGGGAGAUAUUCAAACGGGACCCGGACGGGGCCAUGCUGGCGUUUGCUGACAUGAUGCGGAAGGGCAUCGUGAUGCCCGCCCACUUUGUUGACGACGGUUGGCACGACACGGCCAACGGCAAGGCCUCGAACCUCUUUGUGGACUACGCCACGGUGGCGGAUGCCAUCGGUGUGUACACCACCAACGAUUAUGCCAGCAUCAUCGACCACCUGGUCAAGCGAUGGGACAUUGCUAACCUCAAGGUGGUGACAGGCGAGGCGGCCGAGGCGCAGGCCUUCCUGAUGAAGCACAGCGAACGCAUUCGGCGGCUGGCUGAUCUGCAGAUGGAACGCCGCCUGCGGGACCGCAAGCGCGGCAAGACCCGCACCGCGGCGUUCAGCUGGAUCUUCAAACGGGAGGUCUCCCUGGGCUAA